AUGAGUCAGAGGCAGAGCUUCUGCGCUACGGUGGCGGGGGAGAGCGGGCAGGGCUUCGACGUUGAUUCGUCUGUGGUGGCGGUGGCGGUUUUCGGUUGGAGGGAGCAGCAGGGCCGCAAGAGGCUCGUACCCAAGCUGGCCCCAUUUUUAGGCUUUAUUUCUUACAUCACGGUAGAUGAAGGCAGCCGAAUCCCCCACCUAGAUACCGCCAAAACCCAGAUGCAUGCUGGGGAGUGCGGGGGAAGAUCGGAGCCCCCCCACCCCUCCCGCGACGGCUUUCGGCGGCGAGCAGCGCGCCAGUCUCCCGUCUGCUGCGCCGUGCGGAGGACUGCAGGAAUGUGGCGGGGUGCUGCGAACAGGAAGCAGGCAGGCUCGCCCCGCGCCUCCCCCUCCGCCACAUCGCAGCUCGGAGCAAGAGAGGAGCGCGCCGCCGCCGAACGACAGGGCUCCUCGCGACGGACGGCGGUGGCCGAGGUGGCCCUCCAGGAAGUGACACACACGCACGCCCGUGCAGGAGAGCGAUCGUCCCCGGACAGGCAAGCGGCCAGCGGGAUCGGUGGCGUGCGGUUGAGCAAGGAGAAUCCAGACGGGAGCAGAAUCAAAGCCCGAGACGGGCGCCAGGCGCUGAACAGCUCGAGUUCGGGGGCCCCGGGCGCCACCCCUCCUCCGCACCUCAUCUUCAUCAUGGUGGACGACCAGGGCUACAACGACGUGGGCUACCACGGCUCCGCCAUCCACACGCCCGUCCUGGACCGGCUGGCCGCCAAAGGGGUGAAGCUGGAGAACUACUACGUCCAGCCCAUCUGCUCGCCCUCCCGCAGCCAGCUAAUGACCGGAAGGUACCAGAUCCACACGGGCCUCCAGCACUCCAUCAUCCGGCCGCGCCAGCCCCUCUGCCUGCCCCGGGACAGCCCGACCCUGGCGGAGCGGCUGCAGCGGGCGGGCUACAGCACCCACAUGGUGGGCAAGUGGCACCUGGGCUUCUCCCGGCCUCGCUGCCUGCCCACGGGCCGCGGCUUCCACUCCUUUCUGGGCUCUCUGACCGGCAGCGGCGACCACUACACCUUCCAGAGCUGCGACGGGGCAGAGGCCUGCGGCUUCGACCUGCACGACGGCGAGCGGCCCGCCUGGGAGCUGAGCGGCAACUACUCCACACUGCUCUACACGCACAGGGUGAGGCAGAUCCUGAGGGCCCAUGACCCGCAGAAGCCCCUCUUCCUGUACCUGUCCCUGCAGGCCGCGCACACGCCCCUGCAGGCCCCCACCCGCUUCCUGGAGCGCUACAGCUCCCUGGGCAACCGCCCGCGCCGCCACUACGCCGGCAUGCUGAGCUGCGUGGACGACGCGGUGGGCCAGGUGGUGGAGGAGCUGCGCCACCGAGGCCUCUACCGCAACUCCGUCCUGGUGUACUCCUCGGACAACGGCGGCCAGCCGCUCUCCGGGGGCUGCAACUGGCCCCUGCGGGGCGGCAAGGGCACCUACUGGGAGGGCGGCGUGCGGGCGGUGGGCUUCGUCCACAGCCCCCUGCUGAAGAGGAAGGGCGUGGUCAGCAGGGCCCUCGUCCACAUCUCCGACUGGUACCCGACCCUGCUGGCGCUGGCCGGGGUGCCGAGCCGGGAUCUGGGGCGUCUGGACGGCCACGACGUGUGGGAGGCCAUCAGCGAGGGGUCGCCCUCGCCCCGCACCGAAAUCCUCUUCAACAUCGACCCCACGUCCCGCAGGCCCGGGGAGGCCAACCCCAGGACCCUGCGCGCCGGGUUCGGGAUCUGGGACACAGCCGUGCGCGCCUGCCUCCGGGCCGGGGAGUGGAAGCUGCUGACCGGGAACGUGGGGGACGGGGACUGGGUGCCCCCGCAGAGCCUGCCGGGGGGCCCCGCCGGCUGGGAGGGCCUGGAGAAGCGGCGGGACCAGCUGGGGAAGUCCGUCUGGCUCUUCAACAUCACCGCCGACCCCUACGAGAGGCGAGACCUCUCCAAGGCCCGGCCGGACGUGGUCAGGGUGCUGCUGGCCCGGCUGGCCGAGUACAACCAGACCGCCGUCCCCACCCGCAGCCCUCCCGACGACCCGCUCGCCGACCCCCAGCUCCACGGGGGCGUCUGGACCCCCUGGCUGGGUCGCCGGGAGAGGGGGGCGGGGGAGAGGGCGAAGAGGAAGGGCCACGCGAGGACCUGUAAGGUGUGCAGGCUGCGCGCCCUCUUCCGGAAGGUCCGCUCUCGGCUCCAGAGGGCCCUGGCGCACUUCUAG